ACCUGGCUUAUGUUUACCCCCUUGAAGCGCUGAACUGUGGCCGUGCCUCAACCAUUAUUCUGACAUCUAACUCCCGGAAAUACAAAUGUAACGAGCAUUAUUUUGACGACCUGAGCGAGAAUAUAAAACGAGGCAUUAUUAAUCGUUAACAUUUCGAGGGAGCUGAAAGGCAAUGGCGCGGGUGGUGAAAAAAAGACAGGCCGACCCCAAAGUUGUCCAGUUUGUGUGGUCGGCCAUCGAAGUCAUUCGCAACCAGAAGCAAAUUGCUAAUAUGGACAGGAUCUCAAAGUAUCUGAGCCGGGUGUACGGGAUGCAUCCUAAGGAGACCGCUCGACAGCUGGUGCUGGCCGUGAAGGACGGCCUGGUGGUGGAGACCCUCACGGUGGGCUGCAAGGGCUCCAAGGCCGGCGUCGAGCAGGAGGGAUACUGGCUCCCAGGGGACGAAAUGGAGCAGGAGCAGGCUGAGGGAAGCAAGGCAAAGAAAAAUGAGAAUGACGACGUAGUGCGUCCGGAGCUUGCAGUAGAGUGGGAGGCGGAGAGCCACGACUGGUACUGCUUCGAGUGCCACCUUCCAGGCGAGGUGAUGGAGUGCGAUGGCUGCUUCCGCGUCUACCACGUCCGCUGCCUCUCCGAAGAACACCGGCCCCGGGACAGCAGUGCACACUGGCAGUGCGUCAUCUGCAGGCAGGGUAGCAAGAAGAAGGGUCUGUCCAAGCACGAGAUCACGACCUACCUGCAGUUUAUUGUUGGGCGAAUGAAGGAGAGGGCUGUUGAUCUGAACAAAAAAGGCAAAGACACAAAGCAGGUCAUGUACAGAAGACUCAUCCACACGCAGAUGGAGGUGGAAAAUGUUCAGGAGAACAUCAACGAGGGCAAGUACAAGAACUUUGAGGAGUUUAAAGCAGACGCCCAGCUCAUCGUCCACAACACAGCCAUUGUGUUUGGAGGGCACAGUGAUCAAACUGAGAUCGCCAGAAUGCUCUACAAUGACACAUGUCACGAGCUAAAUGAGCUGCUUCUGUGCAAAAACUGUUUCUACCUCUCCAACGCACGGCCAGACAACUGGUUCUGCUACCCAUGUAAUCCUGUUCACGAGCUGGUGUGGGCGCGCAUGAAAGGCUUUGGCUACUGGCCUGCCAAGAUCAUGCAGAGAGAUGGGGCCCAAGUGGACGUCAGAUUCUUUGGCUAUCAGCAUCAGAGGGCCUGGAUCCCAUCAGACAACAUCCAGCCCAUCACUGUGAGCGCGCAGCAGCUGCAGAUCAAGCGGAGCUCAGGCUGGAAGAAGGCGUGCGAGGAGCUGGAGCUGCACCAGCGCUACGUGACCGAGGGCCGCACCUGGAAGGGGAAGGGCCUGGGCAGCGACGAGCGGCCGGAGGACCGGCUACUGGACGAGGCCGAAUCCAGCAUCUCCUCCACAAGCAAUGAACAGUUGAAGAUUAACCAGGAGCCCAAGGGGAAGAAGAGCCGCCGGAAUCCACCACCACCUGAGCCCAAAGAGGAGGAGCCAGAGCCGGAGAUGGAGGCGGUGAGCUCUAGCCAAGAGAUCCCCACGUCGGUGCCCCACCAGCCCGAGCGCCUGUCAGUCUCCACGCAGACGCGGAAGACAGGCCCUUCGCCUCCGUCAUCCACCUCGUCGUCAUCUUCCUCUUCGGGCUCCUCCUCCGGCCCGCGCAUGCAGCACCGCGGCACGCAGACGGUGAACGAGGCUGGCAGCUGCCAGAACAUGUGCCACGACAAGUACACCAAGAUCUUCAACGACGUCAAGGAGGUGAUGAAGGCCGAGAACAAGCGCGAGACCGAGAGACUGGUCAAGGAGGCCACGGAGAAGAUCAGGGCGGAGCUGGAGGAUGAGAAGCGGCAGGCGGUGCAGAAGGCGGUGGCCAGCGGGCAGGCGGAGAUGGAGCGCAAGUGCAAGCAGGUGAAGGAGAAGUGCAAAGAGGAGCUGAUGGAGGAGAUGAAGAAGAUGGUCAACCAGCACAAGCAGCUCAUCUCCCAGACCAAAAAGAAGCAGUGGUGCUAUAACUGCGAGGAGGAGGCGAUGUACCACUGCUGCUGGAACACGUCCUACUGCUCCAUCAAGUGCCAACAGGAGCACUGGCACGCAGACCACAAGCGCACCUGUCGCCGGAAGAGAUGAGGCGCGCCUGACACCCUCUCUCCCUUCCUCCGCUCCCCUCGCUCCCUCCCUCCCUCCCUCCGACUCUCUCCCAUCAACCCCUCGGAUAACAGCAAUCUCCAUGCCCCUCCCUCCUCACCUCGACCAUCUCCUCAGCUCUUAGCUUUGUACGCUACAAGACUGACUGAGAGACAUGAGACUGACUGGGCAGGUUUAUUCCUCUCUACCCAGCCUCUCCCACCCACCUCAGUUCUGGCAUCCACAGGACAAGGAGGCGAUGGCUAUUCCAAAACACGUGUUUCUUGCUUCCAGAAGAAAUCAUGUUGGAGGGUGGGGGGUGGGGGUAGGAAGAAAUCAUGUUGAUGGGGAGGGGGAUAAAGACAUUUUUUUUAGAUGAUCGGCGAAGAGUUGCGGACAAAGGAUGGGCGUAUUGAGCAUGGGGAUACAGAACGUUGCGGUCACAUUGUUUUUAAGCAUUUAUCGUGAAAAGGUGCAGAAUCAAAAAUCCAUUCAACAUCAUAUUAACCCUGGCUACGAUCUCUUAACGCAAUUUCCAACUACUUCUUUUCUCCUGCAAAAGUGUAAUAACGGUCGCCGACCUUGCUCACCAUACGUGGUAAUCAAAAAAUAUUUCAGCGCCAAGAUGGUCUAUGAUGCCAGGUAUGUGGGGUGGUUUUACGUUAAAUUUUUAGUAGUGUGGGCAAUGUUUGCCUCUAACAUUUAUGUCUUUAAAAUUUUUAUUUUUUUCCCCUGAAUUGUUUGUGAUCUAUCAGUUUUGGGAACAGGGUGAUGAUGGCAGGUCAGUUCACCUGCCUAAAAAACAAGCUGAAACAAUCUUCCAUGUCUAAUUAUGCACAUUUCAUCACGCCCCCCUUUUAAACAUGAUCCUGAUUUUGUUUUUCAAUCUAACUGAAAUAAUCUUGUGGACUUCAUGACUGGAAAAUGUUCAAAAUGUUCCGAACUGUUUCUGAGGUUGAGUGUACAGUGAUUUUAUUUUAUUUUUAAGAUUUGUAUGAUACAUUCUAAUUUUAGUGUUGGCUUGUUGUACUCUUCCCCUGCUUGUGAAAUCCUCAAGGUUUUUUUCCCUCAUUCUCUUUUUUUUCCUGUCGGGUCAGAAAAGACCAAGUGUGAUUUUGUUUUUGUUUUUUUUCUGUCCGUUUUGUUCAUGUUUUUAAAAGCUCACUCAUUGACUUCAGAUGAAAGAAAUCAUGACAAAGUAGCAGCAGGCUGCGGGUGAACCAGUGUAACUGACACCAAGAAGUAAAUUAACAAAUAAAAAAGAAAACAGUCA